UGCACAAGGCUGCCUGCUCUCACCUUCUUCCCAGAAUUGUUUGAGCCACAGUGAGGACCACAGCUGAUUAUGGAGUGCAGAGGCCCUCUGGCUAUAGCACGUUGGCUGCUGUUGCUACUGCUGCUGCUGCUGCUGCCACCUCACAGCCACCAAGGACUGGUCCUGAGACAGAUUCCCUCCACCCAGAGAAUCCAGGACCCUCCUGCCAUGCACCUCGGCAAUGGCCCAGGACAAGAGCCUGUCUCCAUCAUGACCUUUAACCUCACCAAGAUCACAAAAACCUCCUCCUCCUUUGAGUUUCGAACCUGGGAUCCAGAGGGAGUGAUUUUUUAUGGUGAUACCAACCCAAAGGAUGACUGGUUUGUGCUGGGACUUCGAGAUGGCAGGCCUGAGAUCCAACUGCACAAUCACUGGGCCCAGCUUACAGUGGGGGCUGGACCCCGGCUGGACGAUGGGAGGUGGCAUCAGGUAGAAGUGAAGAUCCUUGGGGACUCAGUGCUGCUGGGGGUAGAUGGGGAGGAGGUGCUGCGCUUGAGACAGGUCUCUGGGCCUCUGGUCAAAAAAUCCCAGCCCAUCAUGAGGAUUGCACUAGGGGGGCUACUGUUCCCAGUCUCCAGCCUCCGGUUGCCGCUGGUCCCUGCCCUCGAUGCCUGCCUGCGCCAGGAUAACUGGCUGGACCAACAGGCCCAGACCUCAGUGUCUGCCCCUACUAGCCUCAGAAGCUGUGCUAUAGAGUCCCAACCUGGGAUAUUCUUUCCUCCAGGGACUCAUGCAGAGUUCAGUCUCCAAGACAUUCCCCAGCCUCAUGCAGAGCCCUGGGCCUUCUCUCUGGAACUGGAAAUCCAGCUAGCAGCAGGCUCUGGCCACCUUCUUGCCCUUGGGACCCCAGAAAACCCUUCUUGGCUCAGCCUCCAUCUCCAAAAUCAAAAGGUGGUGCUGUCUUCUGGGUCUGGGCCAGGGCUCGAUCUGUCCCUGGUCUUGGGACUCCCUCUCCAGCUAAAGCUGGCUGUGUCCAGCGUGGUCUUGAGCCAGGGGCCGAAGAAGGAGAUCCUUGCUCUGCCUCCUGUGGGCCUGGGCUCCCUCCUCAAUCUCUGGGUCCACCCGCAAGGGCGUCUUUUCCUGGGGGCUUUGCCAGGAGAGACCUCUUCUGCCUCCUUUUGCUUGGACAGCCUUUGGGCACAAGAUCAGAGACUAGACAUGGACCGGGCCCUGAGCAGAAGCCAGGACGUCUGGACUCACAGCUGUCCCCAGAGCUCAGGCAAUGGCACUGGCACCACCCAUUAAAUUCCCACCAAAGAACCCCUUUUGAAGGU